AUGAUCAAGGCAGAAAACAAAGGGGGCGAGAGGACCCUAAGGAGCGCGUCCCCUCACAGAAAUGCUUACAAAUCGGACUUCCACGCCAUCAAGUGCUCCUUUGAUGGGGCGAAAUCUGAAGGUCUCUCUAAAACGUUUGCAAAUGGAUCGAGUGACACCCGGGAAGACUCCAGGGGAAGGCCUUUUGGAACCAGAGUGAACAAGAUAAAGAACAUUUUCCUGCAGAUGGAUGGUCAGCAGCAACCAGAGUGCCAAGAGGGAAAGAACAUUUUAAAGCCUGAAGUGUCCCAGGUUUCCCCACCAAAGGUGCAAUUUCCAGUCAGCCCUCACAGGGUCAGCCUCAACAACGCUGCAACUCCAGAAGGCAACAUUUUAGAUAAAACCCCCAAGGGGGAAGAAGUUGAAAUUGACAAAGUGGCAUUGGCGGAGAAGUUUUCUGUGACCAGAAAACUCUUUGAGAGGGGCAUCAAAGAGCCGCCUGCAGCUGAAAAGCAACCUCCAAGCAGAGUAGUAAAUCGCUUGUCCCUGGGAAGUGCCUCUGAUGAGGGAAAAAACACAAGGAGAAUGUCAGGAUCUUCCGAGGCAGCUAUCAAACCAGAGCAGACUCCCUCUGCAACAUCUAAAAGUCCUCAAGAUGACAAGACUAAUGGCGAGAAAAGGCACACAUCCAGAGUGACACUGAAUGCAGGGCCCAUGUCAAAGAGGUUAGAAAAUUACAUAGGUGAAAAUGACUCAGAAAGCAACAACACAGCUGCUGCUAAAAGAGGAAUAGUGUCUGCUAAACAGCACAGUACCACUGAACACAUCCUGGCUACCUCUCCAACAAGGGACGGCUUUGUUAGGACGACAUCACCUGGCAAAAACACUACAGACUCCUUAAUCGUAACUGAUCCCACUGACAAAAAUAAACAGAACAAAAGUUCAGUCGGAUCAAAUGCCAUUAAACCAACAGUUCCAGUUACCGACUCAUCGUCCCAGUCUGCUUCGUUGACAGCUGAUGUCUCUCAGAAAUCAAUUUCACCGGAGCAAACAACCCAAAUUAGCCGUAGCUACAAGUCCUCCUCCUCCUCAUCAUCAUCAUCUAGUGAUGGAUUUAUUAGAACAUCUGUUGGUGGAGAUGGAGGAAAGCCACAUAGUCCACCCCAGAUGGAUAUUAAGCAGCUUCCUCCUUCAGCUGGUGGCUUUCAGAACACCAGCAGGGCUAAAAGUAAUGACGGCGUGAGACAUAGCCCCACCGGGGAGAAAUCGCCCAGCCAGACGUCAUCAUUGGAGUCUAAAGGGGUGAACAUGGUCCGGGCUGAACUGGUAGUGGUUCAGAAUGAAUCCUCAGAGAGUGAAGAGAAUGAGGAUGAGAGUGUCGAAGAUAAUGUUUUUGAGGAGCAGAUGUUGCAACAUGCCAACGAAUCACCAUCGAACCAGAAAACAGCAUUUUUACCAGAAAAACAUAACGGUGGCUCUCAGAUUAUAUUGAAAGACACUGCAAAAGAAGCACAGCGGCAAGCACCGGCUGCAAGUGAAAGUAGACUUCAGGAACAUACAAAGGAAGAGAGACAAGAAGAUGCUUUAACUGUGAGUCAGGAUGGCGAAGGACUGCGUGAUGAAGAGGAGGAUGUAGCAGAGGAGGAAGGAGAGCAGGAGGAACAAAUGGAUAGGGCCUCUCCAGUAGUGUACGGAAUAGAGAAUGCAGCAUUUGUUGAUGACAGAGAUGUCGACCAGGUCCUCAUGGAAGAAGAAGAGGAGGAGGAGGAGAAGGAUGAAGAAGAUGUUGAGGAUCAAAUGUACGGGGAAUACGAUGACUGUUAUGAGGCUCCUGGACUGUCGGAUGAGGAUGAGCCUCCCCUAAAGAGGAAGAUCAAGUUCUCCACAGAUCCCAUCCUGGUCUUCAGCACCUUUUCUAAUGAAGACUAUGAUCGUCGCAAUGACGACGUCGACCCAGUGGCAGCGUCGGCAGAGUACGAGCUGGAGAAGAGAGUGGAGAAGAUGGACGUGUUCCCGGUGGAGAUUGAGAAAGGAGAUAAUGGGCUUGGUAUCAGUAUCAUAGGAAUGGGAGUGGGAGCUGACCAGGGUCUGGAAAAGCUUGGCAUUUUUGUGAAAACCAUAACAGAGCAAGGAGCAGCAGAGAAAGACGGACGCAUCCAAGUGAACGACCAGAUAGUGGAGGUGGACGGUAUCAGUCUGGUGGGAGUCACCCAGCUGUUUGCUGCUACAGUCCUGAAAAACACCAAAGGCAGAGUGAGGUUCCUGAUUGGUCGAGAGAAGCCAGGAACACAGAGUGAGGUGGCCCGCCUGAUCAGUGAGACGCUGGAGCAAGAGAAGAACCACCAGCAGCAGCAGCAGCAGCAGCUGGAUGACCCGUAUGAACAUUCAACAGAGGAGGAGGAGCGGUACGAGGACGAUGACAGGAUGGACGAGAGGAUUCUGGGCUCUAAUUUCUCUCCGGGACGCAACGUGGAGGUGUUUGAGCUGCCGGAGUCCGAGGCCUUAUUCAUGCCGACCAACAUGGACAGCUCUCAGAUGGCCUUCCGGUUCAAAGAGCUGCAGCUCAAGCACAGCAUUGCCACAGCUGAAAUAAACCAGCUCAAUGAAAAGCUGAGGGCUUCGGAGGAGGACAGAUCGUUGUGGGAAGCAAGAGAGUCUGAGCUGGAAAAGAAACUCGAGGACGGGAACGAGAAGAUCCUGAAGCUGGAGAGUUCCUGGGUGGAAGCUCAGGCUCAGUGCAAAACUGUCAACGAACAGUUGAGUGAGACCCAGGUCCAGUACGAGACUCUGGACAAGAAGUAUAACAAAGCCAAGAAGCUGCUCAAGGACUUCCAGCAGAAAGAAAUAGACUUUGUGAAGAAAGAGGAGGACUUCAAGAAAACUUUAGAUGAGAAAGAGAAGUGGUACAAGGAGCAGCUGGAGAGCCUGCAGAACACGAUUGCUGCUCUGGAGUCCAGAGGACCUUCGGUUGUCGAGAGUCAAACUGGUCUGGACUCGGCGGCGGAGGAGAGGCUGAGCAGCCAAGGCUCCGUCACCAACACGCAAUCCGUCGACUCACUGCCAGAACAAGACUGGAGUGAGGCGGUCCCUGAAACGGAGCGCCUGGACACGAGCGCACACCGAGCCAAAGGCCUGCUGGCUCAGAAGGCCAAACGCCAGCCUCCGUCUCGCAGCAAGCUCAAAGAGAACCUGGCUGUGGCCUCCGGUCACACUCAGGAAACUGAAGAAGAGGACGAGCAGGAGGAGCAGGAAUCCCCCAGGAGGAGGAGGUCCAUGCAGGAGAGCCUGUCCCUUCCGGUCUCCAUCAGCACUCCUCAGAGCGCUCAGAAAGAUCCCAGCGAGACCAGAGACUCGUCCAGGAGCAAGGUGGAGCUCUCCAGCAGCCCGUCUCUGUCUCCUUCACAGGGAGGCAGCGUCGAGAGCGGGAGUCCCCCCCUGUCCCCCCCAAAGCACAGCUCCUCUCCACAAUCUCCCUCUGGCUUCAUGCGUAAUGUGAAGAAGAGGGAGUCCAAAGGCAAGGGGAAGGAGCACAAAGAGGAAUUCAACGAGGCUUCAUCCGCGGGAAAACCUAAGAGACGCUUUCCAGACUUUGGGGGCCUACGGAAGUCAGGUGGCAAAGGAAAAAAACACGACAAGGAGGCAAUGAGGGCAUCUUUGGACAGCAGGGGCUCAGCUGAGCUACUGGAGGAGUCUGGAGGGAAUCUCUCCCCCGCCGAGUCCAUGACCUCCAUCCCGACCUGCAUGCCUUUCUCCUGGUUCGGAGACAAAGAGCGAGACAGAGACCGAGAGCCCUCGUCCUCCAGCAGCAGCCUGCCGUACGCCGCUAAUGAGGCCAGCGGCGAGCACAGCCAGGAGCGCAAGAAUAAGACAAAUCUCUCCUGGUCCUCUUUAUUCAGUCGCUCGUUAGAUUUGAGUUUUUCAGUCAUAGAUGAUUCUAACCCUGCCAGCCCCAGUUCAGACACCUCUGGGUUAGUUGCUGAACCCAAUCUGUCUGGGCGCUCUCACACUUUAAUCUUCUCUUCCAGCGAGACUUUAGAUGAUGAGCCAGUGGCAACAUCAAAAGAGUACCAGUGGCAGAACCGUCCAGUCUCAGAAUGGACCAAUCAGCAGGUCUGCCACUGGCUGAUGGGCAUGAACAUGGACCAAUACACACCCGAAUUCACUGCCAAGGGUGUGGACGGCCAGCAGCUGCUGAACCUGGACAGCGACAAGUUGAAGGCUCUGGGUGUGUCGAGCCAGAGUGAUCGUUCGACGAUCAAGAAGAAGCUGAAGGAAAUGCGUAAAACCCAGGAGAAGCUGGAGAAGCUGCGGGAGAAGCGUGAGAAGGAGGUCCGGCGCAGCGGGAAGCUCCCCGUCCCCACGGACUCCUUCUGCUGAGGGAUCCGCUCAGAACGGCCACUCCCAGAAACACAGAGAGACCUUUAAUAAAUUCACUCAUAUUCUGUUCGUUGUUCAGGAGAAUAACAUUCAACUGCCUGAGGGGCCAGUUUUCACUUUAUACUGGUAGUUUUUUGUUUUUUUGUUUUUUUUCCCCACGCAGAUGAUUCAACUGAAACAUUGAGAAUGUCCAAAAAAAAAAGAUGGGUAUGUGACCGAAAAAGGAUCUCCCGAUAUUUUUACCACUAAAGAGCUAGAAGAGUCUAUAUCCUGAUAUAAUGUAGUUCUUGCAGAUUAUGCACACAUUUACCUAUGGAAGUCAAACGCAAACUGCUUUUGUUUUUGUAAGCAUCUUUUUUUUUAUAUAUAUAUUUUUGCUAAUAUCAUGCGCCUGUUUCCAGACUGUGCUCUCUGCAGGAGCAGUAAUUGUACAGAUAAAAUCAAAGCACUAUAUUUGUCUUUUAAGCUUGACAAGGUUUUAAAUGUAUAAAUAAGUUUUAUACAUGUGCCGAAUAACUGCAUAUCCCUUUUUUUUGGUUUUUCUAUACCAUUGUUUAUUUUCUACUAUCUAAUGUUUUCUACUAAGUAGAAUAGCAGGUGACCGUUCUGCUAAGUGAAAGAUAAGACUGUUGCCGUCUCUGGCUGUGACUGUUAUCGCUGAGAUGGUACGGCGGAGCUCCAGCUCUCAGAUCCGCUUCACCUCCGCCUCCCCCAGGCCAGUAGAGGAGUCUUUAUGACAAGGAUGGCGUGAGCAUGUAGCGGCGAGUUUGAAUGUGAGGCCAAACCCAAGUGCUUCCUCCUCUUCUCUAGUAUGACCCCCCCACCCCACCCCCUCCUCCAGGGUCUGUACAAUGAAAUCCAUGUGGCACUGCAUCCAAAUCCUUUUAUGAAAUUGGAAGACUGAAUCUUGGUACGUGUGGCAUCAAUAAACUAAUUUUCACUUCU